AGUACAGCGCUUGUGUUAUAAAAUAGCUCUAUGGAUGUAGCUAUGUAAAUAUGUAUAUAUAUAUAUAUAUAUGUGGUUUAUGAAUGCUGGUUUAAGAACUUGAAAGUAAAGAAAAGACUAUAUAUGUCAGUAACCACGCAUAUAGAGCAGUACAAUGCAAUCAAAGCAGAAAACUUUUAUAACGGUGACAUUUGUAUCCUUAAUAAGUAUCUUCGUUGGCUUUUACGCACUCAGUGCUAGUAGCACACACAAAAAUGGAAUUAACAGGCCUACACUACGUUCUAAUUCUGGAAUACACGACCCAAACAAGGAUGACACAACAGAUGUUAUUUUUAACCGGAAGGAACAAACGCGCAUCAAAAACACGAACCGGAAAUUACAAAGAUAUAAAAAUCGGACAAGAGAAAGAAACAGUGACGAACAGCUGGCAAAUAAUGACAAAGUUGAGAAGAAUUUUAACAAAUCUGUGGAUAGUUCAACUCAUGGAAAAAAAUAUUUGAUUUAUUCAUGCCUUUUCGACAAACCGUGUAGCGGUUGGGCUGACCGCCAGAGGGCGAUUAUUUCAGGGUUUCUAUUGGCGCAAAUUACAAACAGAACGUUUGGAAUAAUUCUGACCAGCCCAUGUGAUUUGAAAAAGUUUUUUGUUCCAAACGAAUACAACUGGGUUGUAGACGAGAACGAAUUGGUUGGUUUAUCAACAGCGACACCAUCCGGCAGCUCUCUAGGUAACAUAGGCGUCUUGGAUUUUGAUAAAGCGUAUACUGAAGAUUUGGUUUAUUUCCAAACAAAACGCGAUAUGUUAUUGGCAAUUAAAAAAAACCCGCUUCACGCUAAAUCGAUUCCUCAAUGGGCAAAGUAUAGCAAACCGGUCGCCUUUAAAAAUGGUUGGAAUAUACUGAUGAAACGGACUCCACAGUUUGAUAAGAAGUUUCAAAAGCUCAUGUCCGGUGUCCCCAGACAUAGUCAGUUCGUCUGUGCUCACGUGCGACUGGCCAAGAACCCGACCAUUCCUAUGGAAACUAGAGUCAUCAAUACAUAUCCUAGCGUGAAAUAUCUCUGGGCUUUCUUGGACACAAGAUAUCCGAACGCCAGUCGAAUUUUUGUGGCUACAGAUUCAUUUGACGUGAGGGAGUGGGCCAGACAACAUUUCAAGGACAAGGAAAUGGACACGGGACUGACUAUUCUGCAUAUCGAGAAGCAGAAGCGAAAGAAAAAUUCCUGCGAUGGAUUUGAAAGCGUUCUGCUGGAUCAACAGGUGAUGAUCCACUGUGACGUCUUGGUGUGCUCGUACAGUAACAUAUGCAAACACGCGGCGUACAUAAGCGGCAUUCAUGAUCAAUUGUUCAUGUUUAGAUAUGGAAAGAUAGGUCCAGCCAAGACAUGGCCCGAGAUAUAUAACCAACCUCGCAUCUAAGCAAGGACUUCCGGAUCAUAGUUCAAAGCGCACUGGAAUGUCUAAAUCGCAGAAAAACGUAUAACAGAAUCAAUAAGAAUUGCAUGUUCGACUUUCUGACUUUCGACACACACACACACACACACACACACACACACACACACACACACACACACACACACACACACACACACACACACACACACAUACACACACACACACAAACAAAACAACAACAAAAACAACAACAACAAAACACACACACACACACACCUAACAAACAAACAAACCCACCUCAAAACCUCCCCAAAACAAAUCCCCCAACAACAACAAACAAUCAAAACACCCCACAAAAAACAUAUGGGUUGCAAGUAAAAACGCUCUUUACAGAGAACCAUGCCUAGCAGGGGAAGGGACGGAUACGGGGAGAAGAUGCAUCCCUAGAAAUUUUUUUUAAUGUUCUGUCUAUGAGAAAGUGCAUAUAAAACCCAUUGUAUGCUU